CUUCCGCCAAGAAGCCCAGCACGCAUAUAGGAAACUUGGUGUUCCUGGCCAGUAAUACAUACCUAUUGGAAAGGCUUCAGCUUUCGCACUGGUCGGCCGACGGUUCUUUCUAUGAGCUAUGGACAGAAGGCAUUCACGUCAAGACUACUAAGGGUUGCUUUCUUACAGCUUUAAAUGGCGGGUGAACAGUCGGAGAAGGCGGGAUGCUUCGGCGGCAAGACUGUAGCCCCAAGCGUGGGUCCUGCGCUUCAUGCUGUGACGGAUGGAGACCGGGACAACUUCAAGCUCAUCACAAAGUUUACCAGUCGCAUGGAAAAAGUUGGUAUAACCAUGCCUGGCGUAGAGGUCCGUUGGGACAACCUAAUGGUCGAGGUGGAGGCUCCUCAGCCUGCUGCCGGCAAGGGCAGCAAGUUCUGCGGCGACCCGCCCAAGCCGCGGCUCAUCCUCAACGCCGGUAGCGGCGUCCUCCCCCCCGGCCGCAUGUGCCUCCUGCUCGGGCCCCCAGGCGCCGGUCGCACCACCCUCCUCCGCGCCCUAUGCGGCCAGCUCCUACCCACCCACGCCUAUCCACUCCUAUCCUGCGGCUCCGGCAGCACUACGAGUGACGGCACGCGUCGCCGGUCACGUGCCGGGCUGCACUUGUACGGCAAUGUGUCGUACAACGGCAUUCCCGUACAGGGCCCGGGAUGCUCCUUUGAGGUUGCACGCACGGCUACGUACGUGGGGCAGCGGGAGAACCACAUGGCUGAGCUCACGGUUGCUGAGACGCUCACCUUUGCUGCGAGGUGCCAGGGUGCCGGCAUCGCAAAACGGCUUCACGACCUGCUGCGGGAGCGGGAGGCGGCUGCGGGGCUGCAGGCGGAGCAGCAGGACGAGGACAUGGAGCGGCUGAUGGCCCUCACGGGGGGGCCGCAUGCGCCGCUAGUGUUUGUGGAGAUGAUUGCCCGCAUGCUGGGUAUCGAGCACGUGUUGGACACCCCCGUGGGAGAUGAGAUGGUCAAGGGGAUCAGUGGUGGCCAGCAGCGGCGCGUCACAGUGGGGGAGAUGGCGGUUGG